UAAAUGUUGAUUCUUUGUAAAAAAAAAUCUGUAGUAGAAAUAAUUAACCAUGUGAUUAUAGUUUUAUAGUUUUUUAUAUAGCUUAGUUUUUGAUUUGUUGGAAUUUGGAUGAUUUCUUAUGUAACAUUUCAAUUUUUUUCUCAACUUCUCAUACUCUCCUUAAAUUGGAUGAAAAAUAUGUUGCUUGAGAUUAUAUGGUAUUUUGUUUCAUCUAUUUGAGAUGUUCUGGUUGUGUUUUUUUAACAUGUUUGGUUGCUCUCGAUUAGAAUUGGUUUUACUUGAAGUUAGGAUUUGUAGCUUUUGAGUCUAAACUUAUUUUUAUAUUGAAAUUCACUAUUCAACUCAUCUUUGUUAGAAUUUAUUAAAAAAUAAUCACUUUACUUUCAAUUCACUUUUAGCCAGAUUCAUAAUUUUGCAGAAUCAAUUUACUCGGAAUCAAUUUUUUUAUUUUUUCAUCGCAAAAUCAAACAAACGCCAAGUCAUAUGAUUAUGCUAUGUCUUUGUGAAAAUAUCAAGCCAUAAAGAUGUAUGAACCCUAUCACACAAAUGUGACGAAUCUUGAUCUUGUUUUUGUCUUGGCAUUCACCCGUUGAAUUUGAGGCCCGGGUCUAUCAGAUUUCCUUAAUUACGUUUCACAAUUUUAGUUUGGGAACACAAUGGCUAGAUGCUUUACAUACAAUGUUUUAUGAACUAUUAUGGAGCUUUUAGAUAAUGAGGAAGGAUUAUCGUCAAAUAAUGUGGAUGAAGUAAAAGUCACUAUUAAUACUCCACUUAUUGGUGGCCUUCCAGAUGAUAUUUCUCUUUUGUGCUUGGCGAGAGUUCCUAGAAGAUAUCAUUCAGUUAUGAAGGCUGUUUCAAAAAGAUGGAGGGACUUAGUUUCCAGCAAAGAGUGGCUUCAUUAUCGUAGAAAGCACAAACUUGAUGAGACAUGGAUCUAUGCUUUAUGCAGGGACAGAUUGGAUCAGGUUUGCUGUUAUGUUUUGGAUCCAACCUCGUCAAGAAAAUCUUGGAAGCUCAUACAUGGGCUUCCGCCUCACAUCGUGAGAAGGAAAGGCAUGGGUUUUGAAGCUUUGGGAAAUAAGCUUUUCUUAUUGGGUGGCUGUGGCUGGUCAGAAGAUGCUACCGAUGAGGUUUAUGCAUACAAUGCUUCCUUGAACUCUUGGGUUCAAACUGCUUCAUUGUCAACUGCUAGGUGCUACUUUGCUUGUGAAGUCAUGGACGAAAAACUAUAUGCUAUUGGUGGCAUAGGUUCAAAUUCAAGUGAUCCUCAUUCAUGGGAUACUUUUGAUCCUUGCAUAAAUGGUUGGACAUCUCACAGAGAUCCAAAUAUUGUUCCCGAAAUCGAAGAUUCAAUAGUUAUGGACGGGAAAAUAUACAUCCGAUGUGGCAAAUCUCCUGUUACACCUCACGUGUAUGCUGUUGUAUACGAACCAUCAAGCGGCACAUGGCAGCAUGCAGAAGCUGACAUGGUUUCAGGAUGGAGAGGUCCUGCGGUCGUUGUGGACGGAAUCCUUUUUGUCUUGGAUCAAAGUUCAGGUACCAGGCUGAUGAUGUGGCAUAAAAAGACACGCGAGUGGAUACCGGUUGGUAAGUUGUCACCACUGCGUACAAGACCACCCUGCCAACUUGUUGCAGUUGGUAAAAGCAUUUAUAUCAUCGGAAAAGAGCUUAGCACUGUGGUUGUCGAUGUUGGUGAUAUUGAAAAUAUGGGAAGGUUGAUGGUGGGUUCUUCUAUACCUAAAUUAGUCUCUGAUUACAAUGUAAUUAGUUGUAAAUGCUUGUCAAUCUGAUCACAAUUGAAGUGUAUUUUGUAUAUGGUUGUAUCAAGGUUCUUCUAUGCUUGGCAAUCUGAAGAUUAAAGACUGUAUUGUAUUAUUUCA